AUGAAUGGGUAUCCCCUAUAUGAAGGUCCAAAUAACAAUAACAACAAUGGUCAAUCUUCAGUCCCAAUAUUUCCCGGAUUAUCACGAACGACUUCAUCAUCAUCUUCCAUCCAACAUUUCAACCCUAACCCUACCCCAGACCCCUAUACCUAUCUUCAUUCUCAACUCGGUGCGUCAAGCUUGCACUCUCAGCUCGGAGCAUCGAGCUUGAGAGGUAUUGUACCGAAUCUGAAGCCUACCUCGUUCAAUUCUUUCAAUCCUGAUGAUUACGUUUCCAACCUCAUUGAUCCUCAACAACAACAACGAAACACAGCAGAAGCUUUCACGCAGAUCAUCCAACAACAUCAUGGUAACGGGAAUGGGCAUGGACCGAGUAAGAUCUCCGGUAUAGCCAAGAAGAAAUCGGCCAAAAAGUUUCAUGGAGCCGAAGGGCUGGGGAAGAAUGGUGAACCGAGGAAGAAAAGGACAAAGAGGUCGUCUGGAAAAGCUUGUGUGUAUUGUAGAAGGAGUCAUAUGGUUUGCGAAGGUGGAAGACCUUGUGAGAGGUGUAUAAAACGUGAAAUCCCUCAUCUUUGUCGAGAUUUCACACCACCACCUCAUCAUCCUACUCAUUCUCACUCGCAUCACUCGGAAGCAAGCCAAGUGACCGAAUCGCCAUCUCAAGUCAGUGGUGCGGAAUCAUCAUCCACCAAUACAAAUCAACAACAACAACAACAGCAACAGAUACCUAUGUACACUGACCCAAACUUCCCUCCGUCAUGGCCAUUACUCCCCAAUACAUCCAACCAAAUGCAAUUCAACUCUGCACCUUCCCAACUCAAUCAGACAUUAUCUCAGCAGACUCCUCCAGUGAAACUAGAACCUGAUUUGACAGGAAAUGGGAAUGGGAAUCCAAAUGGCGAUGAAAGUAUGCCUCCUCCAUCUUGGGGUGAUUCGAAUGACGAUUCGGAACUAGCUGCUUUGAACAAAUUCAUGAAAGAUUUGGGUGUACCUGCGCUCCCAGGUGAUUUCUUCAGCUUCAUGCAGUCACUGGAUGGUAAUGAUCCCAACAACUCUCUUCAAGUGCCCAUGUCAGAUGAUAUGGGUACAAGUACAACCAAUACUCCAGACUUUGCCAACCUCUCUUCUCAGAAUCUGAUAGGAGCGUUCGGUGGAUCGAGUAAUUACAAGGGAAAAGGAAAGGUCGUACCCAUGUCAAGAAUCGAUAAAUUCAUGAUGGCCGCUGCGGACCAACCUAAUGGAAGUCGAGCGGCAAGAUUGGCUCAGGUGAUUAAAGCGAAGUACGACGCGGGUUUGUUGAAACCAUACGAUUAUGUAAAGGGAUAUGAGAGGAUGAACAAGUGGAUGGAAUCUGGCAGGGCUGCGCCAAGGAUCGAAAGUAGAGCAGGCAGCGAGACGGAUAGUCCGGCUCCGGGAGGAAUAGGAAGAAAUGGCAGACUGCCGUUGACGGGCCUCACACCUCAUCAAGCUUUGGGUAAAAGCAUAUCGCCCGAUUCGCGCAGACGUAUAUUAGCUGCUUUAGCUGGAUUCCGACCUAAAUUCCGACAGAUAGCUAGAACACUCACAAAUGUAGAUUUGGUAUUUGUAGAAGAGGCUAUGGAAAGGUGGAUGUUGGAGUAUGACAGGACAUUUGCAUCUAUUCACACCCCAUCAUGCAUAUGGAGACGAACAGGUGAAAUUCAAAAAGCCAAUCAAGAAUUCUCCAACUUGACUGGUAUACCUGCGUCCAUGUUCAGAGAUGGACAACUGUGCGUGUACGAAUUGAUGGAUGAAGAAAGUGCUGUAAGAUAUUGGGAAGGAUAUGCUAAGAUAGCUUUUGAUCAGAAUCAAAGAUCAAUGUACAUUUCCUGUACUUUACACAUCCCCUUGUCCCUAACUCGACAUAAACCUCGACACCUAUCUGCUGCACCUACUCCAAACCCAUCAAAAUCUGCUUUCCCCGCUCCACCACCUCCUGAUUUAGCUUUACCCCAGAGUUUCCAUGAUGGUGCAUCAGAUAAUGGUAUGAUGGAUGAGUUCAGGGAGAUCAAAUGCUGUUUUAGUGUGACCAUCAGGAGGGAUACGUGGGGUGUACCAGUCGCAAUUAUGGGACAGUGGAUUCCUAUACAAGGAUGA